UUCCGGAGCAGAGUUCACGAAUGUUGACGAUUCUUGAAACGUGAACACAUGUUAGCAAAAAAGACACCGGUAUAUCAAUAUACAAUUAAUAGACAGCCAACAUGAGAGAUACACCGUUAUCAAACUGCGAGCGAGAUUUUUUACUCAAAGCUAUUGAAGAGAAAAAGCGCUUGGAUGGGAGACAGACCUAUGACUACAGGAGCAUCAAGAUCUCGUUCGGGACAGAUUAUGGAUGCUGCUUUGUUGACCUGGGGAAGACGAGGAUCAUGGCCCAGGUGUCCUGUGAGCUCAUUACCCCGAAAGAGAAUAGACCGAAUGAAGGAAUCAUGUUCUUCAACAUUGAGCUGUCUCCCAUGGCUUCACCAGCAUUUGAGACUGGCAGGCAGUCAGAGCUGUUAGUGAAGCUGAACAGACAGUUGGAGAGAUGCCUCAGGAACUCCAAGUGUAUAGACACAGAGUCUUUGUGUGUGGUGUCUGGAGAGAAGGUGUGGCAGAUUAGGGUGGACAUCCACUUGCUGAACCACGAUGGUAACCUGAUGGACGCUGCCAGCAUUGCUGCCAUUACGGCUCUCUGUCACUUCAGACGCCCCGAUGUAGGCAUCCAAGGAGAGGAGGUCACCGUGUACAGUACGGAGGAGAGAGACCCCAUUCCCCUCAGCAUCUACCACAUGCCCAUCUGUGUCAGUUUCUCCUUCUUCCAACAAGGGACCUACCUGUUGGUUGACCCGUGUGAGCGUGAGGAGCGUGUGAUGGACGGCCUGCUGAUGAUAGCCAUGAACAAACACAGAGAGAUCUGCUCCAUCCAGUCUAGUGGAGGCAUCAUGCUGCUCAAAGACCAGGUCCUCAGGUGCAGUAAGAUCGCUAGUGUGAAAGUGUCAGAGAUCACAGAGCUCAUCAACAAAGCCUUGGAGAACGACAAGAAAGCCAGAAAAACUGGGGGUAAGUUUGGGUUCGCAGAGUCGUUGCCCCAGGAGCGAAUCACAGCGCUGAAAACAGACGUAUCACCUGUGGAAAUGACUGACGUCAAGGAGAAGGCCAAUGAGAUCGUCCAGAGAGCAGAGCUCCCACCCCAAACCGUUCCCUCUCCAGUGUUAACUGCCCCAUGUACAGGCCAGGUGGGGGAGGGGCUAGAGAGCUCCUGGGGACUGGAGGAGGAGGAGGAGGAGGAGGAAGAGGAAGAGGAAGAGGAAGAGGAGGAGACCAUGGAGUUGGAAGAGGGACAUGGGGAGGAGGAGAAGGGGAAAGGUGAUGUGGUGGUCAUCUCAGACAGUGGCAGCGAGGAAGAGGAUGUUGUCAUCUUGAACCAGGAAACAAAGGAGAAGGCCUCCAGCUCUAACCAACAGGGGGCAGUAGCCUCCAAGCAGCAGCAGAAAAAGAAGAAGAAGAAGUGAAAUAAUUGUGACUUUUUUGUAAGGCACCACUUGAAACAUACACAGUAUAUACCAGGGGUCAUCAAUUAGAUUCCGCCGCAGACGUUUUUUUUGUUGUUGAGCGGAUGGUCGGGGGGCUGGAACAUAAUUACGAAUAAUUAGUAGACUGCAAAUUGACCGCAACAAGACCCAAAAUAUAUCAUAUUUGACUCAAUCAUUUCAAACCUUGCUUACAUGUGUGUAUGAUCACUUGUCUCUCUAUUAUAUGUGGGAAUACUUGGGAACAUAUUUCCAAAAUUAAAAUAACUUUGAGAUGA